GCUGUUGAAAUCAUAAAUAGACGUUUAUCAUAGGAGUUUAAGGUUUCUGUUCAACGUGCUAUGGUCGCGAGUCAUAACUGGACAUUCCACAAUGUAUAACGGAACUAUAAAUGUUGGCUUUCCAAAAGCUUUUGUAUGUGUCUUGUGGCUGCUUGUUUGUUUGGCCCGUGGGCACAAAAUGACUCCACGUUUCAACGUUGUAUGCGAUAUAUCUGGCAUGCAUGUGCAGAUGACCUUCGUGGAUGCUUUCAGUGGUGUGAUAUUUGCAAAGGACCACUCGUCAGAAAAACUCUGCAGUGUCGAAAUUUCUGAAAAAUCUCCUGCGAUGACGGUGUUCUUAGAUUUGCCGUUAGCAGGCUGCGGGUCACAAAUCAGAGGAGCUUCUGGGAUGUACCAAGCGUCCAAUACUAUUAUAGUUGACGAUGUUAACACAUCCUACAUUCUUGAACGGAGUCUUCUGUGCGAACUGUCACCUGUAGCCGAGGAACAGUUUCUUUCAUUACCAGACGAUGGGAAAAAUCCCAGCUGGGAUUCCUCCCGUAAUGGAUAUUUGAUGUCAUGGUUUGAUAUCAGGUUAGCAAGAGAAGUGAUAGGUGUGGAGAUACCACAGAAAAAUUUUAGUGAUCACUUACUGUUGAUCCUCCACAUCAACGACGGAGGUCAAAGUCAAGACUUACGAGUUAGAAAUUGUUAUAUAAAUAAUGAAGAAAUCAUUUCAACAAAUUCUACUGUAUAUAGAAUGUCCGAUGGCUGUCCCCAUUCUGACGAUAUUUUGCAAUUCAGUGUUCUAAAAAAUGCUUCAUCGGCCGAAAUUGUUGCUUACUCUGUAGUGAAAGCUUUCGCUGUGCCUCUAAAAAACAAACUAUACCUAACCUGCGGUAUACUACUAUGCAAAAACGUCUGCCCAAACCUCUGCUUCAACUCUGCUGAAGAAAAUAACAUUGUGAAGCAUAAUAGCAAAGUAAAGAGAUCAGUCGAUGAAUCUGAACCCUACGUUUCUUACAGGUAUUUCCAGCAAAGAAAUCGUCUCAUGAUGUCUACCAUUCAAGCUCUAGCUUCAGAGUUACUUAAUAACAAAAGGCAAAAGUAUGAAACUGAUUUUAAGAAACGUUUGUCUAACACGGAGACCGAGACAAAUGCAGUUGCAGAUAGUUUUAUCAUUCCCGAAGGAGCGGAGAUGACUGAAUUUUUGCCUUUAGAUCAGAAUCUCAAAACUAAUUACUCUUCAGAUUUUGUUUCCAGGCGUGACAGAAAAACUUUCUUGCCUACCUCAGAAAUAACCAUUAUCGCUGAUAAAAAUGGCAUUACAGCAUCUUCAAUCACACAAGACGCUUCGAAUUUCGUUCCAUCAUUCUUUUCUUCGUUUACAGCAACCCAAAAUACAAACUCUGAAGAUUCAUUGGAAAACCUCUACCAGUUUUACUCUUAUAAUUUAACUAUGAAGCUCUCAACUUUACCAGUACAGACGAUUUCACCAUCCAACCAUCUGCUUAAUAAAGAAAUAGUUGUAGGGAAUUUAGGUAUCGCUUCUCACUGUGUUCCCCGAAUGAAAUUUACAAUUGUUACUGGUCUUUUUUGUUUUAUCUUACUUUGCCUGUUACUUAUCUGCGUUGGAUUGAUUCUUCACAUACGAAAGGAGAAAAAGAAGCACAGCGUCGAUAGUUUUCUUUUAUACAACUAUUACUGAGACGAAUUCAUGUAAAGCAUUUUCGCUGUUUACAAGGCCUGUACCGUUAAUUUGAAAUUAACUGCUUAGGUUGCAUCUUGGUAUCAAUUGACAAAUCUUUUCGGAUUGUGUGUAGUUUUAAACUAUAUUUAUAAAUAAAUUUUAAAAUGUUUUCA